AUGUCGGCUACACCGCAGAAUCUGUUUCCCGGCAACCCGGCCACGACGCGUGCGCAAUCCACCAAGCUCUCGACGGAUCCCAAGGGUGAGAAGGUGGUCUACUGCCAGAACCGCACCGUCUUCAUCCGCUCCAUCACCGACCCAUCCAAGCCAGCAUUGGCGUAUUCUCAGCACCCGCAGCCUACUACAGUUGCGCGCAUCUCGCCCACCGGUUUCUACUGCGCUUCGGCCGACCAGGCUGGCAACGUGCGUGUGUGGGACCUUGUUGGCGACGAGCAGAUCAUCAAAAACGAGAUUAAAGUCAUCGCGGGUCGCAUCAACGACCUCGCGUGGGAUGGUGAGUCGAAGCGCAUCAUCGCUGUCGGUGACGGUCGAGAGAGAUUCGGCCAUGCGUUUUCGUUUGACAGCGGAUCGAGCGUGGGCGAGGUGACGGGACACAGCAGACAGAUCAACGCGGUUGCUAUCCGCAAGGAACGCCCCUUCCGCGCAGUCACUGCGGGCGACGACAACAACCUUGUCUUUUACCAUGGCGCGCCGUACAAAUACAACAAGACCAUCAGCACCCACACGCGCUUCGUUCAGGAUGUCGCCUAUGCGCCCAACGGCGAUCACUUUGUUUCGGUAGGUUCCGACAGCAAGGUGUUUGUCUACGACGGCAAGACGGGAGACACUCUCGUCGAACUUUCCGAGAAAGCUUCGGGUGGACACACGGGAACCAUUUUCGCCGUAUCAUUUUCGCCAGACAGCAGAAAGAUUGCGACCGCAGGUGCCGACGGCUAUGUCAAAGUGUGGGACAUUGCUGCUCAAAAAGUCGAGGCGUCGCACGAUUUUACCGGCCAGAGCGCGCAGAAGGUGGAUGACCAGCAGGUCGGAAUCGUCUGGGCAGGCAGUCGCAUCGUAUCGCUCAGCUUCUCGGGCACUCUCAAUGUGAUCGAGGAAGGAGGCAAGGUCAACAAGCUGCACGGUGCCGUCAAGAGCUUUGGACUGCGGUCGCUUGAUCUGGCAGAAGACGGAAAGACGCUCGUCGGCGGAAGCUACGACGGACGCGUGCUGUCGUGGUCGCCGGAUGGAGUGUGCAAGCCUGUGACUGGCGGGGAAACGCUGACGGCGGCAGUGCUGGGUGUCCACUCGACGCGCGAUGGCGUGUUUGUAGCAAGCAUGGACGACUCGGUUCGUAAGAUCUCGCAUGGCAAAUACGACGGUGCGGCAGUAUCGACUUCGAGCCAGCCCAAGGGCAGUGCCGCUUCCGCAAGCGGAGUGGUGGUCAUCGCCGGUGCGCAAGGCAUCGAUAUCAUUGACAACGGCAAAAAGACGCACCACGCUACGACGUACACGCCUUCGUCUGCGACGAUUUCUGCCGACGCAUCCCACGUCGCAGUUGGAGCAGAAGACGGCAAGGUGUACCUCUACACACACACCUCGGGCUCGCUCAAGGAGACUGCAACAUUGACCAACAACCGAUCCGCGGUCACGGCGUUGGCAUUUGACCCGCAGCUGUCGCUGCUGGCGGCGGGAGAGUCGAGCGGCAAGAUUCAGGUGUACGAUCUGGCGAGCAAGACGCUCAAGAUUGCGCACUGGGUGUUCCACUCUGCGCGCAUCAAUGAUGUGCGGUUCUCACCUGAUGGCACGCAUGCGGUGUCGGCAGGGCUGGAUACGCACGUCUACGUGUGGAGCGUCAAGAAGCCGAUGAAGAACAUUGCGAUCAAGAAUGCACAUGCAAACGGCGCACAGGCGGUGACGUGGUUGAGCGAUGAUGCGUUUGCCAGCGCGGGCGCCGAUGCCGUGGUUCGGACGUGGAAGGUGAAGCGUCACGAGGGAGCGUAG